AUUUCUUCUCAUUUUGUUUGUAUAUAUCCUAGGUUGUGUUUCCAUAUGAUAUGACAACGCUAGACAAUUCUUUGCCUGAAAAAUAAUUCACAUAAACUACGUUUACACAUCACCCCUAAUCAGGUUUAAUAACCGUAGUUCUAAGGCUAAAAUGUCGAUCAAAUUGGCAAAUACCACAUCAGUUGAGUUAAGCUCUUACCGCGAUCAACAUUUUAAGGGUUCAAGGGCUGAACAAGAUAGACUUUUAAGGAACUCUACUACCUUAUAUGUGGGCAAUCUGUCUUUUUAUACUACCGAGGAACAAAUAUAUGAAUUGUUUACAAAGUGUGGUGAUAUCAGGCGUAUUAUUAUGGGUCUCGACAAGUAUAAGAAGACACCAUGCGGUUUCUGCUUUGUAGAGUACUAUCAAAGAGCCGAUGCUGAAUAUUGUAUGAGGUAUAUCAACGGCACUCGUUUAGAUGAUAGAAUAAUUAGGACAGAUUGGGACGCUGGCUUUAUCGAAGGCAGACAGUAUGGCCGGGGCAAAACUGGAGGACAAGUGAGAGAUGAAUAUCGAUCAGACUUUGAUAGCGGACGGGGUGGUUAUGGUAAAAUAAUACAGCAGAAAGUAACAUCUCUCUCGGAUGGUGGAUUUGGACGUUGAAAUUUUGUAAGACAAGAUAAUUGUAUGAUUAGCACACAUGUGCAAAUGUUCGAUCUAUGUUUUACUAAUCGUUCAUACACGAUUGUGAAAUACUUGUAUAUGUAAAUAUAAUAUUUAAGAGAUAGAUUAUGUCAAGGAGAGUAACAAAAGAAAAGAACUACUCAUAUAUAUAUUAAGGCCAUGUUAAAAAAUAUGUUUUAACAUGUCUUAAAUGAACGACAUUUUUCAUCGAAAUGUUUUCAAGCAAUUUUGUUCAUUGUGAAAUUAAUGAACAUGUUUUUCACUAUGAAAUCGAUUUCCGAGUUUAAUUUUUACAUUCCUUAUUUCCAUACAUAAUAAAUAUUUUAAUAACAAAACUAAGUAUAAAAAUAAAAUAUAUAAAUACAUGCCAUUAAUAUAAUGUUAAAACUUGGAAA